CCCUUGCUGGGGCGCGCUUGGCGCACGCGCAGUGAGGUGCUCUUGCCCCGUCGUCUCUUUUGCUGACCAUGCCGACUGUCAGCGUGAAGCGGGAUUUGCUUUUCCAAGCGCUGGGCAAGAGCUACACGGAUGAAGAAUUUGAUGAACUAUGCUUUGAGUUUGGAUUGGAACUUGAUGAAAUUACUUCUGAGAAGGAAAUAAUAAGCAAAGAGAAAGGUGGUGAAAAGGCUGAGGGUGCAUCAGAAAUCAUUCUCUAUAAAAUUGAUGUUCCUGCUAACCGAUAUGACCUUCUUUGCUUGGAAGGUCUCGUCAGAGGACUUCAGGUCUUUAAAGAAAGAAUUAGGGCUCCAAGAUACAAGAAGAUCACACCACCUAAUGGUGAAAUUCAAAAGCUGACCAUCACUGAAGAGACUACUCAAGUCCGUCCUUAUGCUGUGGCUGCAGUGCUUCGUAAUAUAACUCUUGACAAGGACCGCUAUGAUAGCCUUAUUGAUCUUCAAGAAAAAUUACAUCAAAAUAUAUGCAGGAAAAGAUCAUUGGUAGCAAUUGGUACCCAUGAUCUUGACACAAUCUCUGGCCCAUUUACAUACACAGCUAAGCCGCCAUCUGAAAUUAAAUUCAAACCUUUGAAUCAGGACAAGGAAUACAAUGCUUCUGAAAUCAUGGAUCUGUACAGGACGGAUAGCCAUCUGAGGCAUUAUCUACACAUUAUUGAAAAUGAACCCCUUUACCCAGUUAUCUAUGAUAGCAAUGGUGUUGUGCUUUCAAUGCCACCGAUAAUUAAUGGGGACCAUACAAAAAUAAGUCUAAACACCAGAAAUGUGUUCAUUGAAUGUACAGCCACAGAUCUUACCAAGGCGAAGAUUGUCCUUGACAUCCUUGUCACAAUGUUCAGUGAAUACUGUCAGAAGCCAUUCACUGUUGAAGCAGCAGAAGUAACUUACCCUAAUGGAAAAAGCUACAAUUUUCCAGAGCUGGCUUAUCGUCGUGAAAAGAUAAAGCCUGAAAUACUGAAUAAGAAAAUCGGAAUUAGUGAGACUCCAUCAAACCUUGCAAAGCUGCUCACCAGGAUGUGUUUGAAGUCACACGUCAUAGCGAAUGGGAACAAUAUAGAGGUUGAAAUCCCUCCUACCAGAGCUGACAUUAUCCAUGCAUGUGAUAUCAUAGAAGACGCAGCAAUAGCGUAUGGCUAUAAUAACAUUCAGAUGACUAUUCCGAAAACAUACACCAUAGCUAAUCAACUUCCUCUCAAUAAGCUCACAGAACUUCUGAGACAAGAUUUGGCAGCGGCAGGCUUUACCGAAGUGCUCACUUUUUCUCUGUGUUCCCAAGAAGACAUUGCUAAUAAACUGGGAGUUGACAUCUCUACAACGAAAGCUGUGCAUAUAGCAAAUCCCAAAACAGCAGAAUUUCAGGUGGCGCGCACUACUCUCUUGCCUGGUCUUCUGAAAACUAUUGCCGCUAACAGGAAAAUGCCUUUACCUCUGAAACUCUUUGAAAUCUCUGACAUUGUAGUGAAAGAUUCCACCAUAGAUGUCGGUACAAGAAACCAUAGGCAUCUUUGUGCUGUCUACUAUAACAAAAACCCUGGUUUCGAGAUAAUUCAUGGAUUGCUGGAUAGAGUCAUGCAGCUGCUGGAUAUCCCACCAAGUAAAGAGAAGGGAUAUUACAUUAAAGCAACUGAAGACCCUGCUUUUUUCCCUGGACGCUGUGCUGAGAUCUUUGCAAAAGGGCAGAUUAUUGGGAAGUUAGGAGUACUCCACCCUGACGUCGUCACCCAAUUUGAGCUCACCAUGCCCUGCUCUGCCCUAGAAAUCACAAUUGAGCCUUUCGUGUGAAAUCCUGACAACAGCAUGCUUCUUCAGUCCACAUAGUUCUGUUUCCUCCUCCCCUACCCCCGCAAAAGUCCACAUAGUUCUGUUUCCAAGAUGGUCUGUUUCUACCAUCAGGGCACUGUCCCUAAUUUUAAUAAAUUAGGCAAUGAAAUAGACAAGUCUUAUUUUGCUCUUUGCUAAAUGUUCCUUCAGUGCAAUAAUACUGCCUUCAGGGGUUUUUUUUUAGGGCUUUUCUUAACAGAUUGAGCCAUCAGUCAGAUGUAAAAAAUAAAAAAAGUUCAAUAUAUUACCAUGAAUAUAUAUGGGCAAAGAACAUGAUCUGUUCUCCAGAAUGUUCCAGAGGCUGAAUCUCAAACUGUAACAGAUUAUAGCUGCAUAACAGGAAUCACAUUCUUUUAUUGCAUGAAAUAACAUAAUUGAUUAUAGCAAAUGUUGAACAAAUGUGAACAGAACUGAGGAAUUAAGCUUUCUUUGUAUAGGGUUGAUAUGAACUCUUCAGGGUUGAGAAAUGUGCAUUUCUUGUAAAGUACAGCAGUUUUAAAGCAAGAUUUCUAUAAUAGAUACUGUUGUAUCUUAACCUGUUUUAUUGUAAAGAAGGGGUCAAAAUAAAACUUGAAGGUUCUGUAUUUAUAUACACCUAAGUUCCCAUGAGAAA